AUGAGUUCGGAUUCAGCAACAAGCAGUUCAAAAGAGAAAAUCACGAAAAGCCCGAGCGCUACAAGUGGUCUUUCAACAAGAUUCGACUUUGAAGACGAUUUCGUUGAGCUGGAAAACAACGGACUGGAAUUGCAACUGACGGAAUCGUCUGGCUCACUUUCUGAAUCAGAUACUUCAGAACAAAGCUCUUCAAGCACGGUCCCGGAAGAAGCAUCCGAAAAUAAGCGAUCUUUGUGGACGAGAUUCAAAGACAAAUGCUUCAUGUUCAUCGUUGCCGCUAAUCUGAUUGCUGGCUGCGUGCUGAUCAAUAUUUCCACUUCCUGGCUUUACUGCCAGUAUCACCUUGACGAUCCUUUAUGCGAAUACUUUCGACCUGAUUUUAAAGGGAGAAAAGGAUGA